AUGACAGUGUGUACUUAGGCUCUGUAUCAUUAGCAUCAUGUUUGCCGGACACACGGCGGAUAGGUCGUCAUGAGUACCGUGUUCGGCGAUGGACUUACUACAAUCGUCGGCUCUGUUUUGGCUAGUGGUGCUAGCGUACGGCGAGUAUGUCAACAACGGCAGUUCUGCCCCGGAAUCGUCCAAAACCGAAAACAACAGACCCACGCGCAGUUACGGAUUCAACGCCUUUGGCUAUGCCAAGCAUUUCCCCGUGGGUUUCCCAAGCCAAGUGUCCCACGAGCACGUGCCUAGCGCUGCGAGCAAACCGGCACGGCCAAAGGCCACGGAAGACCCCAGAACCGAAGAAUCCCGGUACAAUGCUGCAGACUCUGCCGAAAGGUACGAACGGCGGCCGGAUAAACUCGAAGAUGCCGUCAACAACGACGACGGCGACGACGACGGCGACGACUACAACAGAGUGAAGAAAACCAAAGAGGUGUCCAUUAAGACGGACAUCUCGUUGGUGCCCAAGGAACGCGACAAGUCUUUGGAUCCGGUUUACCAAAGUCAACAGCAAAGUCGCGGUCCCAGGGUGGUCAGGCCAAUGCGCGACCUGAGCAUAUUGGUUCGGAAUCCACACCGGCCGUUGAUCAUAACCCGGCAAGUGCCCUUCCACUGGGCGCCCCGCCAACCCCACCAGCACCACCACCAUCGUCGUCCCGUUCGUCCGCCAAUGAUGCCCAGCCACCGCAAACCGUGCAAACCCAAGAAAAAGAAACCCAAAGAACACUGUCAUCGUCACAAGCCGAAAAAGCCGAAAAAGAAGCCCAAAGAACACUGUCACCACCACAAACCGAAGAAGCCGCAUCACAAAAAGCUCAUCUACUACGCGCCCAUCCCGACGAUGCCGGUCAAUGGGUAUUUUUAUGGAUCGAAAAAUACCGGCAAGCUGAUCGUGCCUACCUCCACCACCCCCGCGGCCAAUUCGUACAGCGUGGAGGAAAGCCCCGACACCGAAGACAUGGCCGAAAACCUGGAAGACGAUCAGCCGUUCCAUUCGGAAAUCGAAGACGACGUCGAGUCACAUCGGCUAGGAGAACCUCUGGAAACGUACGACGACGAAGACCCGUCGGAGAGCAAAGCAGUCAAGGCAGUUAAGACCGGUUGAGAGCAAUCUCAAAUUAUUUCAAUAGACCAUAGUAUCAUGCUAAUCCAAUGUCUGUGUAUAACUAUUGCUCUGUGCUGGGAUCAGAUAAAAUUAUAUUAUUUUCCUUCCUUCUUUCAAUAUACACAUCGAUCAAUCGAUCAGUCUACUAUCUCUUAUUUGUCUUACUAUGAGUUCCAUCUAUGUAACCUAAUCGCUUAGCGUUACACAUCACCGAUAGUCUCAUCAGUUACUUAAAAUUCUACACUCUAUUUUACCACUUGCUCUUCAGCCAUAACGUGUAUCAGCUUCUGCCUGAUAUGCAGCUUUUUGUCAAUUUUUACCUAAUCGUACCUCGGAUAUGUUUUGAAAUCAAAGUGGCAAAAUAUUGUACGGCCGAGUGCUUGAAUUAUUAAACCGUUUCUGCUAAGAUGCAAGCUAACACUAAAAUGAGAAUACAAUUUGCUGAAAACCUUUAAUUGUAUUUUCCCAAAAUUUGGAAAAAAGGACGUACCAGCUUCUGUUAUCCUACCACAGAUUUAAUGUCGCACGAAUAAUUUUUGAGUUUUAAAAACGCUUUAAUUAUGUCAAUAAGCUAAGUGGAACACACACUAUGCGUACUAUUAUUAUUACAUUAAACAGUACAACGGUGAAAUGAGACAAAUACUUAAAAAAUUAUUUAUAGGCUAUAGCAAAAAUGUUCAAUACAAACGUAUAAAACUUAAAAAUUAUUCAUAUAACAUUAUGAUGUAGUUAUUUUUUAUCUUUGCCAGUGUUAUAAUCAUAGGCAAAUUUCCAUAAAACAAGCCUGACAUUCAAUUUAGGGUCAAGCAGAACAGUUGUAAACAGCUUCAUACUCCAUUUGGCGAGGUAAUAAUUUUAUCUUUUCAAAACUACACAUAAUAAUAGCAGAUGUUCUUAGCUUUCGAAUGAGAUCAAAAUGGUGUAUAUCAGAGAGGUCUAAGUGUUUUUAAUUAUAUUUUUUUAAUGCGGUCUAUAGUGAUCUGCUGUACUGUCUUACUUUUUUGGUUUAAGUCCCCUGCCGAGAGGGUUUCGGAAAAUGUUGACUUUUAAAAUCUACAUAAUAUUAUAGUAAAUGUUCUUAGCCUUCGAAUAAGAGUAAAUUUAGGGGCUUAAGUGUAGCCUGAGUAUUUUUUAUAAUUUUUUUUUCAAAGUUCGCGCAAAAUAUAACGCCGCGCUGGUAGAUAAUAAUAGACCAGGUUAACACCAACUAAAUUUAACACUAUUAGGUGAAUACAAAUUAUUGCUUUAGUUUUUAUUUAAUAUAUUUUAGAAAAUAAGUACUAUCGUUGUUUAUAAAAUAUAUAAUAAUUAAAUUCAGUCGGAUAUCGUCUGGCUGAACCAAAUAUUUUACUCUAUCAAACCGUGUGUAUCUAAAAUUAUUAUUAUUAUAUAAUCAACCCUAUAUUUAUAUUCAUAAUAAUUAUGCAUAUAUAAUAUAUAAAUGUAUAUAUAUACAGGGUGGAUUGUGAGCCACUAAUUUUCUCUUUUACAGUUUUUCUUUUAUGGACACAGUUUAUGUUAUUUUACAAUAUUAGACAAUAUUAAAAUUGGUUUUUUUUCCCCAAAGCUUUAUACAUUUUAAACAUUUUCAUAACGGUAAGUGCAUGUGCGUUUGAUUAACUUGAAAACUGUUUUCAAAAACACUAAACAAUUUCGA